UUGUGGACGUAUGAACUCUGAACAAAGGGAAUUGACAGUGAAACUUAUAUGUCUUUCUUCACCUGUUGAGCACCGAGGAUCAAGACAGUGAACUUUUCAAAGACAGAAAAACAUUUAGAUAAUAGUAAAGGUGUACCAGAACUUUAAUACAGAUAUGACAUCAGUCCUGUCCGAGCAGCUCCAGUGCCCAGUCUGUUUGUGCCUUUUCACCGACCCGGUGAGUCUACCGUGCGACCACACCUUCUGCCGCACCUGCAUCAGCACUCACCUGUUGCGGAGCUCAGCGAAGAGUCAGAGCUGCUGCCCAGAGUGCCGCUGCCCUUUCAGCCAAAAGGAUCUCCGGGCUCACCGUGUCUUGACCAAUAUGGCAGAUGUGGCCCGAGAGGAGGAGGAGAGUGGCCUCGCGGCAAGGGGACCAGAGGCACCACAGGGACGCACUGUAGCCUCAGAGCUGGUGUGUCCAGAGCAUGACGAGAAGUUGAAGUUGUUCUGUGAGACAGACCAGAGGUUGGUGUGUGUGAUCUGCAGAGAUGGAGAAAAACACCGGGGACACACCUUCACUCCUGUGAAAGAGGCAGCAGAGAUCAGUAAGAACGUUCUGAGGGGAGCUCUGGGGUUCCUGGUGAAAGAGAACCGUGAAAUGGAAGGACUGAACCAACAGCAGGCCUCUGAGAUCAUCAAGACCAAGUUACAGGUCAAGGGUUAGAGGUCUGUUUGUGACCCCUGACUCUCUCAAUCUCGGCCUCUACGAGACUCACCUGCCCUUCUGCAUGUGGAAGGAGAUGCUAAAGAUCAUCAAACCAGGUGAGAAUGAGGACUAACUGAGGAAACCAGGUGAGAGUGAGGACUGACUGGGGAAACCAGGUGAGAAAGAGAACAGGGGAAAGUGUGUGUCUCUAACUCCAUCUCUCUCUCUGUCUGUUGAACUCUUCCCCUCAGUUCCUGUGCGCCUCACCCUUAGCAGCAGUGAUGAUUCCUAUUUAAAGGUAUUAGAGGGUGGGGCCAGUGUCAGGCACGCAGACCGGAAGGGCGGCUUUGGCUUCAAUUACUACCGUGACUACGCCGCCACCACCACCGUCGUCUCCACAGAGACCGUCCAAACAGGGCAG